AUGAAUAUCAAGGAAAAUCCGGCACUUUACGCCUUGGCCUUUGGAGCCUUGAUCCAUCUACUUUACUUUCGUAUUGGCGAGCACUAUCCAUAUCCAGCUAGGUACAUUUACGGCAACUUCGGAUCAUUUAUUGGCAUUGCACCCUUUCUUUACCACGCGGAAGAAAUCCCUGUCAAUUCGGCAUGUUCCAGAUCCUUGUACUUGUGUUUUCCAUGGCCCUUCCUAUUAAGGGUCUCUGCGUUUUGGUUAUCAGCUCAACUUCGCCACGAGACUCUCUAUCGCAAACUUGCCGAUCUGCACAAUGAAUACGGUGACUUUGUCCGGGUAGGGCCAUCUGAUCUCUCAAUAAUUCAUCCUAAAGCCGUUAACACCAUCUACGGCUUCAAAUCUACGUGUGCCAAGAGUGCGUGGUACGAUGGCUCUGCGCCCCUAAGGUCGCUUCAUGCGCACCGUAAUAGGGCUGAUCACGACAAACAUCGCCGUACCUGGAGCCCAGGGCUCACCGACCGUGCCCUACAUGGAUAUGAGAAGCGGAUACAGGUAUAUAGGCAGAAGCUCAUCAACCAGAUCAAAUCGAUGGAAGGUGGCAAGCUCGUAAAUGUUAGCACCUUGUUCACCUGGUAUGGGUAUGAUGUGAUGGGCGACCUGGCAUUCGGGCAAAGCUUCGACAUGUUGGAUAAAAUUGCGUCCCAUAGGGCAAUCUUGAUGACACACAGUAUGCUCAAGCCGGUGGAGUAUCUGAUACCAAUAUGGUUCUUCCGACUACUAAUACUGGGUCAACUCUUCAAGAUGAGGAUGGCGACGAAGCAAGAAAUACCUGAUAUUAGUGCAUGUCUGCUGGAACCGCUGAAAGGGCGGGCACCAACCUCCGACAAGUUCAAUAUACUGCUCGGAGAUGCGUCUUUGAUUAUUAACGCAGGAGGACUCGCAAUCCUGAAACAUCUAAAUGGUAUUAUCUACGAGACGCUCCGCAUACACUCCCCUGUCCCGAGCUACAUCCCACGGAAGACACCGCCGGAGGGAAUCAACAUCGACGGGACGCAUGUGCCAGGGAACAUGAAUGUAUCCUGCCCACAGUGGGUUAUUGGUCGAUGUAAAAUGUCUAUCAAAACACCCAUGACUUUUAUCCCCGAGCGAUGGUACCUGUAUCCCAAAAUGAUCAAAGAGAGAUCUGCCUUCGCUCCAUUCACAACAGGGCCUUACACCUGCAUUGGCAAGUCCCUAGCCCUCAUGAAUAUCCGGGCAACUGUUGCUCGACUAAUAACAACAUUUGAUAUGGAACUACCACCUGGCGACGAUGGGCGAAACCUUGAGAGAAGCAUGAGGGAACAUUUUUCUAUCUACAUGGCAAAGGACAUACAGGUUCUCUUUCAGAAACGUGCCAUAUAG